AUGGCUACAAACGGGACCAACCACAACGAGGGCCUGUCCAAGGACGAGGUCGGCUGGUACUUUGUCGAGCAGUACUACACCACCCUCAGCAAGAACCCCAACCGCCUGCAUCUCUUCUACGGCAAGAAAUCCCAGCUUGUCUACGGCACCGAGACCGAGGUCGCCGACAUCUCCGUUGGCCGCCAGGACAUCCAGGAACGCAUCGCCAAGCUCGACUUCCAGGACUGCAAGGUCCGCGUCUCCAACGUCGACUCCCAGGCCUCCCUCGAGAACAUCCUCAUCCAGGUCAUUGGCGAGAUCUCCAACAAGUCCGAGGACUCGCGGAAAUUCGUCCAGACCUUCGUUCUUGCCGAGCAGCAGUCUGGCUACUUUGUUCUGAACGACAUCUUCCGGUACAUCAAGGAGGAGGAGGCCGAGUCCACCGAGGCUGCUGCUGCCGCCGCCCCCGCCAAGGAGGAGAAGGCUGCUGCCGCGGAGGAGGCCAAGCCUGAGGAGACUCAGGCUCCUGCUGUCAAGGCUGUGGAGGCUGAUGCCGCGAAGCCCAAGCUCGACGCCGCAGUUGUCAACAAGAAGCUCGAGGAGGUGAGCGCUGAGAAGUCAUCUGCCGUUCCGGCUGUGGCCACUCCUGCCGAGCCUGCCCCGGCCAAAGCUGUCGUGCCUGCUAUCCCGGCCGUUCCUGCCGUUGCCACCCCGGCCCCGGCCCCGGCUCCGGCUGCUGACACCGAGAAGGUCGCCCAGGAGGUGGCUGAGGAGGAGCAGAAGAAGACCGAAACGCCCAAGGAGCCUGCCCCGACUCCUGCCGCCGCUCCAGCUGCCCCUGCUGCUGUUCCUGCCACCGCCUCCGCCGCUGCUGCCGCUCCUGUUUCCGCUGCCCCUGCCGAGCCGGAAAAGCCCAAGGGCCCGCCCAAGCCCAUGACCUGGGCUAGCCGCGCCGCAGCUGCUGCUGGCCCUGCACGCCCCGUCGCUGUUCCCAAACCCGCUGCUGCCGCUGCCGCUGCCUCGGCCUCGCCCGCAUCUUCCACUGCCGCCCCAGCCAAGCCUGCCGCUGCCGCCACUGUCGCCCCGGCCGCUGUUGCUGCCGCAAAGGCCGCCGACGCCGACGCCAAGGACUCGGGUGAGUGGCAGACGGCCGGCGCCGACUCGAAGCGCCAGAACCGCCCUCAGUCCAUCUCGGGCCCGCCGCAGGACAAGGACUCUGCUCUUGGCUACAUCAAGUAUGUGACAGACAAGGUCGACGAGGCCACUCUGCGCAGCCACCUCGAGACAUUCGGGCCCGUCGUCUACUUUGACAUCAGCCGCACCAAGAACUGCGCCUUUAUUGAGUUUGGCUCCACGGCUGGCUACCAGGCGGCUGUCGCGGCCAACCCGCACACCAUCAACGGCGAGACCAUUGUCGUCGAGGCGCGCCGCCCCAAGGCCGGUGCCUACGGCGGCUCCAACUACAACCCCAACCGCGGCAACCUCGCCAACCGCGGCCGUGGUGGCUACGAGGGCCGCAACGGUAGCCAGGGUGGCGGUCGUGGCGGCUUCACCGGCCCCAACCGUGGCCGUGGCGGUGCCGGUGCUUCGCGUGGCCGCGGCGGUGCCCAGCUUGCUGCUUAA